AUGCUGCAGAUGGACGCGAGGUACGAGCAGCGCGAGCAUCGUCAAGCCGUGGGAAAAUGCGACGGGCACAGAUUUCGGUGUCUCGCCCGCGUCGUACAGCCCGCGACCGCCGCCGCCGCCGUCGUUCGGUCGUCCGCCCAGGCCACCUUGUUUAACGUCCAAUCCUAUUCAUGGAUGCAAGUGUUGGUUCCGAACUUCCAUGGCCCAACAGGACACGCCCCCCAGACCGCAAAGGGUCCCGCUCCCCCCCGCGCACAUCAUCAGAUACCCAAGGCAUCGUGCGUCCCAUCUGGUGGCCGAAACGACAAGUAG